AUGGCAAGUAUUGGUAAUAUCCAAAACUACUGGAUCAUACCCAUUUUUCUUUGGCUAAUCUCAAUCCUUCUUCUAAACCUGCUCAAGAAGAUAACCCAACCAACCCUUCACCUUCCUCCAAGUCCGCCGGGACUUCCAUUCAUUGGCCACCUUCACUUUCUCAGUCCAGUGGUAACCAAAUGCUUCUCAUUCCUCUCAUCUAAAUAUGGCCCUCUCCUCUAUCUCCGAUUCGGCUCUCGUCCUGCCAUUCUUGUCUCGUCGGCUUCUUUUGCAACUGAGAUUUUCAAAAGAAACGAUGUUAUUUUUUCAAAUAGGCCGAAGACACCAUUUGAUGAUAGGUUAAUAUUUGGAGAAUACGGCAUUCUGAAUUGUCCCUAUGGAGACUACUGGAGAUCCAUGAGGAAACUAUGCGUAACAGAAUUACUUGGAAUUCGCCAAGUCGAAAGAUUUAUUGACGUUCGAAACGAAGAAAUACAAAAACGUUUCUUGAAAAAACUGUUAGAGAAAGCUCAUAGAAAUGAGAAUCUUGAUUUGGGUAAGGAGCUAAUGAAGCUAACGAAUAAUAUUAUAUGCAGAAUGGUAAUGGGAACAAGGUGUUCCGAGGAAGAUGAUGAAGCAGAAAGGUGUAGAGAGCUUGUUCAUGGGGCAUUUGAUUUGGCUGGAAAGUUGGCUGUUGCUACUAUGUUAGGUCCUCUUAAAAAAUUAGGUUUUUGGUUGAACAGGAAAGAAUUAAGCGAUAUAACUAGAAAGUGCGAUGAGUUGUUGGAUAAGAUUUUGGAAGAGCAUGAAGACAGAGCUAAGAGAAAUAAUGGUGAUGACAAAGAAGUUAAAGAUUUAUUGGAUAUUCUACUGCAAGUGUGUCAAGAUAAAGAUACAAAAUUCAAAAUAAGCAAGAACCACAUUAAGGCCUUCAUUAUGAUCAACGCAUAUUCAAUAAUGAGAGAUCCAGAGAUUUGGGAAAACCCUAAUAAAUUCUAUCCUGAGAGAUUCCUGCAAGAAAAGGAAAUUAAGAUGCAAAACAAAUUAAAUUUUCUCUCGUUUGGUGCGGGAAGGAGAUCAUGCCCUGGUUCUCAUUUAGCUUCGAGUGUAAUUCAUAUUACUAUUGCAUCAAUGGUUCAAUGCUUUGAUUGGAAAUUUGUUGGAGAUGGAAAUGGAGGUAAUAAGGUUAAUAUGGAAGCUAAAGCAGGCAUGACUUUCCUGGCACAUCCACUUCUGUGUGUUCCUGUGCUUCACUUCAACCCAUUUCUUUCUUAA